UAGCGUACUGACAUCCCAUAAUUCCAUUUUUUCUAAUGACGUCAUAAACAGAAGCACGAAGCGUGAAAUUGCACAGGAACACCUUAACACAGAAACAAAUCAUAUGCUUGGGAAGUGUGGCUCUGAUAUUCAGAUUACUUUUUCUCUAUAAAAUUUAGCGCUGCGCAUGACAGAAACAGAACAAACAAAUAGCACGUGGAAUUGUUUAUAUAAUCUUAAGGUGAUGGGCACCGGGAAUAAUCUUGCAUGAGAGAUCCUAAGUGCAAGCAAUAUUGCUCUUGGCCAUACGUCAUUGUUAUUGUUGAAAUUAUGUGGAAGGGGCAUGUACAAUUACAACCUUUCUGUCCGCUCAUUGUUAGUAAUUCGUACAAAUUCAGCCGUUUCAGAAAUCGUGGUGAAAAUGUCGUCUGGCAGUCCGUCAAAGAAACUGAAAACAACACAUGAAUCAGUAAACAAGUCAGAAUUGAAAAAGUCAACGUCGGAUGAACGGACAGAAUUUAUAGAAAAGAUUCGCAACGACAGAGUGAAAGCAGCUCCAUCAAUAAAUGAAUUUAAAUUCAACAAGAAGCGAGUACAAAUAUUAUCAAAAGCAAGUGAAGUGCCAGAAUGGGCAGAGGGUGUUGUGUAUUGGAUGUCAAGAGACCAGAGAGUUCAAGAUAACUGGGCCUUGCUCUAUGCACAGAAGUUGGCUUUAAAAACUUCACUCUCACUUCAUGUUUGUUUCUGUUUGGUUCCCAAAUUUCUUGAUACUACAUAUCGACAUUACAGUUUCCUCUUGAAAGGAUUGCAAGAGGUUGAAGCAGAAUGUAAGAAACUGGCUGUUGAAUUUCAUUUACUCCUUGGUGAACCGGUCAGCACCUUGCCACAGUUUUUGACACAGCAUAAAUUAGGAGCUGUUGUCACUGAUUUCUCACCAUUGAGGGAGCCUCGUAAGUGGGUAGAUGAUGUAAAGAAAUGUCUCCCAAAAGAUGUACCAUUAUGUCAGGUUGAUGCUCACAAUAUUGUUCCGUGCUGGAUCGCCUCAGAUAAAUUGGAAUAUGCUGCCAGGACAAUACGAAAUAAAAUUAAUAGCAAACUGCAGGAGUACUUAACACAAUAUCCACCCGUUGUGCCACAUCCUCAUUCACCUAAGAAGCAUGCUAUUGAAGCUAACUGGUUAGCAGCUGAAAAAUUCAUAGAAGCUGAUCGAAGUGUUCAGCCUGUGACUUGGGCAACUCCAGGCACUGAGGCGGGUCUUUUAAUGUUGCAUAAAUUUUGCACAAAGGGUCUAAAAAAUUAUGGUUCCAAGCGGAAUGAUCCGACAAUUGAUGCACUUAGCAACCUGUCUCCCUGGUUUCAUUUUGGCCAUAUCUCUGUUCAAAGAGCUAUUCUUGAAGUGAAGGCAUACAGAUCCAAAUACACAGAGUCAGUAGAUGCCUUCUGUGAGGAAGCAAUUAUCCGUCGAGAACUGUCAGAUAAUUUUUGCUUUUACAAUGACAAGUACGACAGUAUUGAGGGAACAAAUGCGUGGGCAUUGAAGACCCUAAAUGAUCACAGAAAGGACAAGAGGUCAUAUAUAUACACUUGUGAAGAAUUGGAGAAGUCUUUAACACAUGAUGAUUUAUGGAAUUCUGCCCAAAUUCAGUUAGUGAAGGAUGGAAAAAUACACGGCUUCAUGCGUAUGUAUUGGGCAAAGAAGAUAUUAGAAUGGACACCAUCGCCAGAAGAAGCUUUAAGAAUCGCAAUUUAUUUAAAUGAUAGAUACUCAUUGGAUGGAGGAGAUCCUAAUGGAUUUGUCGGGUGCAUGUGGUCUGUGUGUGGAAUACACGAUCAAGGAUGGCUAGAGAGACCAGUUUUUGGAAAAAUACGGUACAUGAAUUAUGAAGGUUGCAAGCGAAAGUUUAAUAUUGCUGCAUAUGUAAGUCGUUUUGGAGGAAAAAGUCAUAAAUAUAUAAAGAAAGCUUAGGUAUUAUCCUAUCAAAAAUAAGUGCCUUGGUAUGUAUUUUGUUUAAUGAAAUAACUUUCUCUUUGUAGUUGAGCACAUAUCAAAUUUGUAGGCACAAUAUAGGGUUCAAAACUUUUUACAGGCACUUUCCAGAAACGACAUUUAAUUUCUUAAGUUGUGUUCCAAAAACUACAGAUACUCAGGGAAGCCAUUGUAGUAGUUUUCAAAAAAGAUUUACACCCUAAUUUGUAGUUGGUUAAUCUUUCUGUGUCCAAAGAAAAUGUGAAUUUGAAACCUCAAAAAGUAAUAGAGGUACCUCAGAAUGUUGUGUUCCUUCUGACUGUAGUUAGUUGUUUAUCCGAUUUUGUGUUUGCAUGCACUGCCUGGUAAGACUUCGUCUUCAGUAUUAAUUAAGAGAUUAAAAAUAUUUUAGCUAAUUUCCUCAGUCUGUAUGGAAGAAUUGAAUGCCAGUCUAUAAGCUAUGAUUGUAGCAUGCUGUUUUCCUAAAGUUGUAUGAUAUGAAAUUAGAUGUUAAUGAAUUUUUCAUGUUCGUCAAGUGAGCUAUUUUUUUUUUCUUCUCUUUUCUUUUAAACUAGGUAAUCUGUUGAGUCUCGUAUGUUCAUAGUUUACAAAUUAUUUAAACUUUUGUAAAAGUGUUAUUCAUUUUUAGAAAUACAGAAAUAAUCUCGUUGUCUUUAAGAAGUUCUAUUCCUGUUAUUAGUUUUCGACUUAUUUUUUGUUUUUAAAAUUUGAAAUUGUAAUGUGUAGGUGUAUCACUUGUGAAGUGGUGUUGAAGCGUGAGCCAUACAAAGUUAAUGAUUUAAAAAAUGCAUGAUUGAUAUUUAGAGGGUCUUGCUGUAGAGUGAAAUUAUUAAUUGUAAUAGGGUGAACUGAUUUAAAUACUUUGCAAUUCUGUGUGUGUGUGUGUGUGUGUGUGUGUGUGUGUGUGUGUGUGUGUGUGUGCAAAUAAAUUUCCCAAUGGAAAAGGUGUGUUUUGUUCCUUGUAUUUUGUUUUUGGUUUGUAAUUUUUCUUAACUCUUUAAGUAUCAAAUAUUAUAUGCCAAAGUUCGUAAAUGUCAUUAACAGUUGGAACAUGUACGAUAAAAAGAUGUACAAAUUGAAACUUCCAUGAGCAGAAUAUUAAGCUUUAGUACAUACUGUAGUAUCUUAUGUUUGUAGUGUUUUUAUUUGCAUGUAAAGUGAUAAGUAAUUAAAACCACAAUAAUGUGAGACUGGUAUUAGGCACAUGUGUGUUUGUAAUAUGAUCAAUGUGUAUUACUUUGACUUUGUAAUACUUAAAUGUUCUUACAAAUGGGUAUUACAUCAAUUUUCCUCAGAUAGCUACAUUUGGAAAAAAAAGUUUGUCUCUGCCAACUUUAAAUAUUAAGCUACUCAGGGAUAAAAAAAAAAAAAAAACAAAGAAAAAAGAAAGAAAUUGACAGUGGAUAGUGUGGAAGUGCAGGAGUGGCAAAUAAAUCAUUUCUUGCUUUUUUGUAGCGUAAUAAAUGGAAAAUCCAAUCUCGUCGCCAAGAUGGAUGUACCUUGUCACAAAGGUCUGUUGCUGACAUCUGUGUUUAACAGUUUAAGUAAAUGUCACCUUAGUUAUUACUAUUGACCAAUUUUAUUCAUUACCUGUGCAGUGACAUCCCUUUUUAACCUGUAGUAAAACUUGAUGGCUGUAAGUUCAUUUAUUAAUUUUGUGAACUUGGCCAUCAUUUCAGCUAGUAUCUUAGGAAGAUGAUGAUUUUAUUUUACUUUCUUCUAAUUCUGUGAUAGUAUUUACUUACAUGUCUGGAUUAGCAGGCAUUAAUGUAGCUAACCUCGUUGGAUUAUUGGAUAUUUGAUGCAUGUGUAUACAUAUGUACUAACACAGUCAUAGGUGUGGAAUGCCGUCCAGCAUUUUGUGGCUUUUAUAAUAUUGUAACAUUUUAUAUCUGAUGUUCUAAUAAUACUGUUGUUUUACUUUGAGGAUAGUGCAUUUAGGUAUUAAUGUAGCACCACAAAGAAGGCUUUACUCACCACAAAGAGGGUAAAUAUUAUAGAACAAUGAAGAACUAACUGCAAACUAAAAGUUAAGAAGAAAUAGGUAAAAGAUGAGGAGCAAAUUUCCAGCGGAAAAUAACUGGUCUAGAAUUAGGCACAGAAGAUAGGGUAUUUGAACGUAGGUGAUAAGCAAAAUAAAAUUAGAGAAUAGUAAUGUGUCAGGUACAUUAUAAUUUCCUUUAUCUAAACCUUUUGUGCAUCUGGUUUACAUCAAAUAAUGAACAUAACUCAGCAAGGAAAUUUCACACAUCAUCUGCAUACAGCUCCUAUUUUUAAAAUUUCAUGACACAGAAUUUCUGAGAAGCAAGGGUAGACAGUAUUCUAAAAAAUGUUUUGGCCUUUUUCUUUAUCUUAAUGUAAAUUUGUGAAUGACAGUGCUAGUGUUCCGGACAUAUUUUAACUCUGUUCACCGAGAUGUUUGUUAUUGCAUUUUGUGUUUGUCUAUUCAUACGGUGGGUUUUUUACUUACUGUUUACUUUCUUCUUCAAGACUCGUAGCAAUGAACAUAUUAUGCAUGACACACAAUUAAGCUACAUUAAUGUAUAUUGUUAACUUUGGCCCAUAUUUCUAUGUUGCAUAAGAGGAAAGAAAUUCUCCGUACAGCAGCUAAAUAUGUUUAUGGUAUUUUGCAUACCCUUUAGAAGCAUUAUAGUUUUAUUCUCAAUUAAAACAAUACAAAAUUAAUUUUGAGUUUGUACUAAUGCCUGGACAGAGAACUGUCCCAUUGAAAAUCACAAAAAGAGUACAUUUGCCCUUGAAAGAUAGCAUAUGAUUAUCCAGGUACGCAAAAUAGAUUAUAAAAGGAUGAAACUCUAAUGGCCAGAGCCAAAAUUAUCAGGACAGGCUCAUUGCAUGAGCCAGUCUGAACUACAAAUAAUUCCAAGUAUCAUGUUGACCAUGAUAGAAAUGUUUUGUCUUUUCAUUAUGUACCAUUUUUCAAGAGCAUAUAUAUUAUUUUGAUUAUUGCUCAUAGAACAGUUCUCAGAAUUGGCAUUUGUAUGUAACUUGAACACCCAUUAAUGAAUUGUUUGCAUUGAAAAUGAAGAUUUAGAGAUAUGUAACUAACAUGCACAGUAGACAUAUUUAGUAGCCGCAUAGUGAAUUUUUAUUUUUUAUACAAUAAAAAUCGCAGAUGUGGGCCUAGUAUAUUUUUUCUUAGUGUGGAAAAGCUUCAUUAUCUUUUUGUGUAUUUCGCUCUGUUUUGUUCAUGUUUUAGAAGUGUGUGCACCAACUAAGCUAGCAUUCUUGAGAAAUUUCUAGCAUAAUUGAAAAGCAAACUUGGAGAUAAAUAUUUUAUGCCUGCUGUGUUCUAAGCUACUUCACUCUAAUAAUGCAGGCAGAAUUUUCUAAAAUUUCCUGAAAGUCAACGCCAGAAUAUAACAAACACACCCAGUAGUGAAUUGCUGAAAUUUAGUUACAACAAAUAUGAUGUAUCUUAUUGCACAGAUAAUGUAGUAGUGAAUGCUUGAUUUGAUGUGACAGUCAUAAGUGAAAUCUGAAAUUUACUGAUUUGUAACCUUUUUCUUUUUUUCUCAAUUAAAUAUAAUCAGUAAAAUGCAUUUUGAAAGCCUCAUCCUUGGCUUAUAAGUUCGGAAGGUAUCAUUUGGUUUAUAAGCUCAUCCCACUAAAAAAUCACACGAAUAAUGUCAUACAAAAAGCAAUUGAAUAAGGAAUAAUUUGAUUUUUACUAAAGAAUUAGUUAAAAGAAAAACACAGAUUCAUUUGUAAGUAAAUAGCAUAUUUCUGAAACUACUUUUAUGUUUAUUAGUGCAUACUUAUAGUAGUAUUUGGACUUGUUUUAGUUAUUAUAUGAACAAUUUCGGGUGAUGUGAGCCUGCUCAGGGGGAAAAGAGGUAGUACUAAAUUAUAUUUACGAAAAGACAUUUUAUUCAUUCUAGGAUUUAUAAUGUUUACAAAAAAGGUUUUUUUUUUAAUUGCUUAACUUACUUGAUAUUUGGAAAGUAAUAAAAUGUCAUUCGUGUUGAAGUGAAGAGUAAUGUUCUUGGGCUUCAUGGUAGAAAAUUUUUAAAAUAUUAAAUAUCUUUGACCUUUGUGGUGCCUUAAUAUUAUCAAAAAUGUUAAUUUGCAGCUUUAGGGCUUACCUCACUGAUGCUGGUGUGUCCUAAGCAUCUUGAUUGCAUCUUCUAAUCUUUCAUGUGACUUACGUACCCUAAUAUGAUUUGUAAAUGUCAGUAUGUCGAUAUUUUCACCAGUCGGAGAGAAACUGUUAUCAUACAGCAACUUGUGUGGAAAAAUAAAUAAAAGGAAAAUGUAUUGCUGGCCACAAAGACUCAGUAAUGACAAUACUACACACAGUCACUCGCAUUAGCCUUAAAACAAUAACAAAGACAAUGAAACUGAGCAUAUGGUUUCAGGUAAUAACAGAAGAAGAGAAUGGAACAGCUUGCUGUUUAACUAAUUGCUGGUUGGGUAGCUCAGUCUUACAAAUUCUGCACUUUGAUACUACCCACAGUAGGAAGUGGAUUUGCCUGUUUUUCCACCUGAACAUGUAUAUUAAAGCAGUUAUUAUUUAUCUGACUAAUCUGUUUCUUCCAUAAAGCAUUUAUGCACUAUAAUAUAUGGAAUGACAUGCACGACAGUGCUUGUGAUCACACACGCUAAGACUCCCUUGCCCAUGGGUAGCAGAGCGGAUGGUCACUAGUGGCUUGAUGCUCUUUUGAUAGUGAUGUAAAAAUCUUUUUCAUUUUGCAUAGAACGAGAUAAACUCAGAUUUAGUACUGGAUGAAAGUCGACAAUCUAUCAGCAGUGCCUCAAGAAGAACUAAUAUGAGAUGAAUUUGUGGCCUACAAAUUUUGCCAAGAUCGUCUGUUCUGGAUAGAAUAAGAACAGCUGAUGUUAUUCAUUUGAAUAACAAUGUUUGUUUUUUCUCUAACUUUAUCUAUAAGAAAUAUUUGUGGCCUUUCUAGCUGCUGUCCACUCUCUAAGGUUGGAGCAGAGUACUCCACACAUACUGUGGGCCUUGAUCUACAACAAAAAUGUGCAUUUGGAAAUAUAUCCAACCUAGACAUAAGGCAUACAGGUUUUCUAAAGAUACAUGCACUCAAACACAGCCAAAUAUGUUAUCAAACAACAAAAUCAUUUGAUUUUUGACAAUAUAAGGUAAUUGUAUAGAUAAAAAAUCCGUUCUUCCAGUGGUGGCAGAACACACAAAUAAAAUCCUCAACCUGUCUGAUAAGUCUCCCCUGACCCCGGUUCUGGAUGACAUUUCCUAGACCUCACCAACCCUUUUCCUUCACCCCUCUUCAUUCACCUUAAACACUUUUGCCUGAAGAAGGAGCCACUGGCUCCAAAAGCUUGCCUAAUUGUAACUUAUUUCAUGUAUGUGUUCUGCCGCCGCUUGGUGAGUAGAUUUUUUUAUCUAUCCAAUUACAAAUAUUUUAUCUGUAUGAUCUAGGGUAAAAACAACAAAAAGGCUCAACUGCUUUAGUGAAUCCAAGUAAUGUGGUGCAUUGAUAAGACAUUAGCUCAUAUUUGGGUGGGUUGGGCUCAGAUUCUUGUCCGGCUGUACACAUUUAGAUUUCCCACAUCUUCGGUAAAUCACUUAAGGCAAAUGCAGUGAUGAUUCAUUAGAAAUUGGUGAUUUUCUUCCCUAUUCUUUCACAAUCUGAGCUUGUCCUCUGUGUCUGUUAACAUACCUUCCUUUUUUCUAGUUAAAUGGAAUACAUGACACAUCCUAAUAUUGAUGUUUUUGGAUUAUUAAAAUGUUUCAAGCUUAUAUUUAUUACCCCAUAAAAAUUAAAGUUUUGAAUUUUUGUUAACAGCUGGCGUAAGGUCAGUGUUAGAACUAUAAACUUACACAGUCAAAUCCUUAGGAACAGUGUAUGCAAGCAAGUAUGAUCCUGCCUCAAAACUCGUUAUUGUGAAUAAAUAAAAACUAUUUCAUCUCUAUGUGGCUGCUUGCAGAUUCCUAUGACAACUUCUAACAGCAGCUCUGUUUCCUUAUAUAAUGUCUGUCAUGUCAAAUCAGCUCUUCCCUUUGAAUUUAUUGCAUUAAUUAUUUUUAAAUUUCUGUGAGGGCAAUUGUUAGAAUAUUAGAGUGAAGUAGCCAGUGGACAAAACAAUGUAUUUUGAUUUCCAAAGCAUGCAAUGUCAUGAACAUCAGCAGUAAGUGGAAGUUGGAGCUUGAGAAAUCUCCCUUCUCACACCUGUAUAUUUCUAUGGUCUCGAAGUAGGAGUACACAGCUCCACUAAUUCAGAGAUUCAUCUUUCUGUAUGUGACAACAUUUUUAUUGUUUUCUGUUCCAUGUUGUGCAUGAAGUUAAGACACAAAGCUUUAAUUAAAAAAAGGAUCUGAUCUGUAUUGUCUAAACCAGUAUAUUCCCUCCAAUACCAGUUCCAAUAUUGUAUAGUGCAAUUUCUUUUCUUUUUAGUGCGCAAUUUCUCUGGUGUGGGAUUGUAUCUUCUGUCAACCGCAAUUAAUAUUGUAUAAGUAAUGGUCAUGAAUAUGCUAAAUUCUUGUGCAUAUCUGUUUUAUAAAUCAAGUUACGAAAUAACUGGUAAUCAUAUUUCUCACUUUAUUAUUAUAUGUAGUACACUGUGUAGUUCUCCUUCCUACCCCUCUGUUAGAUUAAAGUACAAUAUGCAGUAUUUUGUAUAUAUUGACAUUUUGACCAGCAAUAUAAAUGUGUACUGCAUGAAUAUAUUGAAAUAAAAGUUUAUUCUUCA